AAAAAGGUCCGAAUCUCCUUUUACUCCAAUUACAAGAUGUGACGUCGACUCGAAGUUGACUAAGUGACUUGUGACUUAUGGUCGAAUACAAAUACAUGAUGAACAAUGGCAAACCAUAUAUGAAGCUAGCGUCUGUCAUAGCAGUGACAGCUUGCAACUUGGAGUACAAAGGAUUAUCUUGCGUCUGCCAAAUCAUUGGUCAAACAAGUGCCCACUGAGUACAACAAAGGUACAUAAGGAAGCUUAUAUAUAGGCGCCGUGCGGCUUGCUGUGGUCUCCAUCACCUUAUCGUUUCCCCGCGCCCCAUCCCACUGUACAAUGCCCUUCAAUUUCGCAGACAUCACUAUAAAUGACCUUACAGGAAGGGUUAUCAAGACGGAGCAAAUCGCCAACGGACUCUGCGGAGAGGUAUGGAAGGGCACCUAUACAAUAGGAGGUCGACCAGUCAUUGUAGCUGUGAAGGUCAUGAGAUCGACGUUGUUUCUCAACAGUCAAACUGCAGAACAAACAAUGCGGAGGCUCCUGCGAGAAACAGGAGUAUGGAGUACAUGUAUUCAUCCUCACUUAGCCCCGUUUAUUGGUGUAUGUUAUGAGGUUACACGAGGAUAUCAAGUCCCCUGUUUGUUAUCUCCAUUCUAUAAGAACGGAACCAUCAUGCAGUACCUAAAACACAAUUCAAAUGCUGUGCGGAUGGACUUGCUUCGCCAAUUUAUUUCUGGAUUGGCUUAUUUACAUGGUCGUGCUAUUGUUCACGGGGACCUCAAACCUACAAAUAUUCUCAUCGACGACGCAGGCAAUGCGGUGUUAGCCGACUUCGGACACUCUCGAAUCCUUGGGGCUUCUGGGUUCACGACAAGCACAAUAACCAUAGCUGGCACGUUCCGCUACAUGGCGCCAGAGUUGAUGGUACCUGAAAAUCCAGAUAUAACACCAACACCAACGAUAGCAUCAGAUAUUUGGGCGGCAGGGAUGACGGGCCUGGAGAUUCUCUCCAGUAAGGUCCCGUAUGCGGAAUUCACGGAGAGCCAAUUAGUCGCAGCUAUGGUGGCUAAUAAAUUACCCAACAAGGCACACUACCCUCUCGUUCGACACGGUGCAUGGUCUGCGUUUGAACAUUGUUGGAAAAAGAACCCGAGUGAACGACCAGAUGUGCAGCGAUUGAGCAAUUACUUAGAUGAAAAAUAUGGGUCUGACUCGAGUCGGUCAGCCAGACCUACUAGAACUCGAGGUUGAACAGAUGUAGACAUAACUACUUUUUCCCUGCGUUUUGUUGUAUUUUCUGCACCUUAUACCACAUAAUAAAUUACUUGUUGGUGUUGGGGCGUCCCCCCUCUCUUA